AUCGCUCCGUGCGACUACCUUGGUCUUAUUUAAGAUGGCUGCCUAGUGCUCGGUAGUAACGCGGUUAUGGAUUAUUACAUGUCAACAUGUCACUUCUCAGAGUAUGUGCCUUUGCUAAAUGUCUGAGUCGUCGUAGUUUAUUUGAAAGGUGUGCUGUUCGCGUGUCUUUUCCGGACUGCUGCCAGGUGUGUGUGACUGUGAGAAACGGUGCAGUCAGAAGAAUAUCAGAAACUCCCUUUCGGUUUCAAAGAAGAAAUGUUGCAUUUGUAACCCCAAAAGCAGAGGACGGGAAGAAACGUGUACUGGAACAGAACCAGUUGUUAGAUGUGCUUGAGGCAAGGAUCCACCAACUCCAAGCUGAUGUCGUUCUAGAUGUCCGUCAUGCAAAGGUGCAGUUUGUUAAAGCCCCUUCCUCUGGGAGAGGUGGUGUAUCAGGUAAGGCUCUCAGAGGUGGCCCCCAAGAGAAAACUGACAUUACGAAGUCAGGGCAGACUGUUUCUAAGGCGGGUCCUAAAUCUCAAACCAGCCGGUGGAUGGAAAAGUUGUCCAAGGAAAAGACAAGCAAACUUAAAAAACAGCAGAAUAUACUGAAGAAAGUCAAAGAGAAAUCUACUGGCAAAGCCAAAGGCAGCAAAAGCAGCUUGUUGCUCCCUGGAACAUCACAUAAGACUAUUUCUACCACAGCUAAAAAGACUGGGCCCUCAAUCAAGAAGAGCAGGAGUGACAAAACGUUAGCUGAUGAGACUCGGGAUGCAUUUUUUUCCUCCAGUGCCUCUACGGCUGCAGGAGGGACAGCAGCCAUGUUACAUAAACAUAAACAGAAGAAGACGAAAAAGCAGGCUGAAGAGGGCAAAGUGCAAAGUGCUUCUGAUGCAGAGAGAAUGGCCAAAGAGCUGGCUGAGGUGGAGGAGCUGGAGAGGAGGCUUAAUCAACAAGCAGGACAGUCAGUGUUUUCAAGUAGACCAGAGUGCCAACAGGAAGACGCUGCAGGAAACACAUGUGGGGAUCUCCAGAUGAGCAUCCAUUCCUACCUAGAGGCGUGUGUGUUUGCCGGGCAGAUUGAAAAGGCUCACCAUUUCCUAGUCAGCCAGCACAGAGUGAUGAGCAGGCGAAAACAUCUGAACACAGACGUCUACAACAUCAUGAUGAGGGUGUGGGCCAAGAAGGGCACAUUAAAUCAGAUUGGACGCAUGUUCAUCUUGUUAGAAGAGGCUGGUCUGAAGCCAAAUGUUGGAUCCUACUGUACCGCCCUGGAAUGUAUGGGCCGCAGUCCCGACUUGUCCCCAAAGAUCGUCACAAGGUGCCUGAGCCAGAUGGAGGAGGAUGGCCUUACAGUGGACGAUGUGUUCAGCCAAUGUAUCUUCCAUCAAGACGAGAGGGACAUGGUGCUGAAGGCGGUUCACAUAGUCCAGCCAGAUUAUCAGCCCAAUCUUCACGCUACCACUGAGUGCUAUCCACCCCUGGUUGAGGACUACUACAUGCAGAGGGAAGACCACCAGUACCCCAAACUGGACUUCACUCAUGAGGAACUGAAGGAGCGUUUCACACGUCAGCUCAACAUGGAGCAGGCCUGCAAUGUCACCAUCGACUCUGUGGAGGGGACCAAAGCUGUGACUGAAAACAUGGCAAAAAUGAGGGAGCUGCUGGCGGCUCAGCGGAUACAGUGGCAGAAGAUCCUCCUCCAGGCCCUAAGGGAGAACAAGAUGAUCCUGUCUAACACCAACUCCAAGGACUACAGGCUUAACCUUUACCCGUACCUCUGUCUUCUGGAGGACAGGGAGUAUGUUGACAUUAUGAUACAGAGUGUUGUGAACAUGCCACCCAGCGGGGAGUCUCUGAAGAUUUUAGCCAAAGACCUGGGACACAGGAUCUACACCAAGUACUAUGUGCAGCAGAAGAACCGGAAUCAAACUGUGGAGAAGUUGGGCAACAUUUACAGUGCUUACCUAGACCUGCUGGCCAAAGAUAGUGAGGCCUAUCACGUCCUCCCCAGGGAGCAUUGGUGUAACAUUGAAUUGGAGCAGAGUGCAGGACCCACACUUCAAGGCGGGGAGACCCAUUGGCCAUACGUAGUAACUCUGGAGUUGGGCACUUUCAUGGUUGAUAUGAUGGUCAAGAACCUCAAAAUUAACAGCGACAUCCUGAACUCAGCUCAUGAGAGGAAGCUUAUCCCCAUCCUCUACCACAUGUACACCUUCCGCAGCACACGGCAGAUUGGCUUCAUAAAGCCCCACCCCAUCCUGACACAGAUGCAGCAGGAGGCCAUGGAGACCAAAUUGACCUUUGACUCUUAUGUGAUCCCGAUGCUCUGCCCUCCCAUGCCCUGGACCUCUGUCAAAUUUGGAGCAUACCUGCUGACACCCACCAAGCUGAUGCGCGCCGUGGAGGGGGCCACACAACAUGAGGUGUUGCUGGAGAAAUGCCAAAACCUCCAUGCAGUCUUUGACUCUCUUAACCAGCUUGGCAACUGUGCCUGGAGGAUCAACAGUCCCUUGUUGGAUAUAAUCAUCUCCAUCUUCAACGAUCGAGGUAGUGAGAAGCUAGACAUCCCUCCUCCUCUGUCAGAAGCCCCUAAAAUACAACACUUCAACCCUCAGGAUCCUGCGUACACUGCGUCUGAGAAAGCCCACAUGAAGAGGGAGGUGAUAGUUGCCAAAAAGAAGUGCAGUGAGAUGCACAGCCUGCGUAUGGAUGCUCUUUAUAAACUCUCCAUUGCCAAUUACAUGCGGGGUGAAAUCUUCUGGUUCCCUCACAACAUGGACUUCCGGGGACGCACCUAUCCCUGUCCUCCAUACUUUAAUCAUCUUGGCAGUGAUGUCACACGAGCUAUCCUGGUGUUUGCAGAGGGAAAGAAGCUGGGUCCCAGAGGCCUGGACUGGCUUAAGAUUCACUUAGUGAAUCUGACAGGACUGAAGAAGAAGAGUUCAUUACAGGGUCGGCUUGAGUACGCCAACACCAUCAUGGAGGACAUACUGGACUCUGCAGACAACCCUCUCAAUGGUAAGAAGUGGUGGAUGAAUGCAGAUGAGCCAUGGCAGGCGUUGGCCUGCUGCAUGGAGAUAGCCAAUGCUGUGAGAUCCCCUGACCCAGCAGAGUUCAUCUCUCAUUUUCCCGUUCACCAGGAUGGCUCCUGUAAUGGUCUCCAGCACUAUGCUGCUUUAGGCAGAGAUGUUAUUGGUGCCACAUCAGUCAACCUCAUGCCCUGUGACGUGCCCCAGGAUGUGUACAGUGGAGUGGCUCAGCAGGUGGAGGAGUUCAGAGCACGGGAUGCACAGCAAGGACUGAAGAUCGCCCAGGUCCUGGAGGGCUUCAUCAGCAGGAAGGUGGUCAAACAGACCGUGAUGACUGUGGUGUACGGGGUUACUCGCUAUGGGGGACGCCUCCAGAUAGAGAAAAGGCUGAAGGAGAUUGAUGAGUUCCCUAAGGAGUUCGUAUGGGAUGCAUCUCACUACCUGGUGCGUCAGGUGUUCAGCGGUUUGAAAGAGAUGUUCACAGGGACAAGAGAGAUCCAGGAUUGGCUGACGGAGAGUGCCAGGCUCAUCUCCAAGUCUGGCCACACUGUUGAGUGGGUGACACCCCUGGGUCUACCCAUCAUUCAGCCUUACCACCGCACCCGCAACCAAGUGCUGAAGAGUACCAUGCAACAUAUCAACCUCCAGAUCACCCAUGACGCCAAAGAGAGGCCUGACACAGUCAAACAGAAGAAUGCCUUCCCUCCAAACUUCAUUCACUCUCUGGACUCCACACACAUGAUGCUGACUUCUCUCCACUGCUACAGUGCUGGCCUGACAUUCGUCUCAGUUCACGACUGUUUCUGGACCCACGCCCUCACCGUGGACACAAUGAACAAGGUCUGUAGGGAACAGUUUGUCGCCCUGCACAGCCAGCCAAUCCUUGAAGAGCUGUCCACCUUCUUGCUCCAGAAAUACUGUGGAGGCCCCCCAACUGAGGCCAAGAACAAGAAGUACCAGGAGUACAGGCGGCUGAUGUUGCUGCUGGCUAAAGUACCUCAAACAGGUGAUUUUGAUCUCCAGCGGGUGAAAGAAUCCACUUAUUUCUUCAGCUGAGAAGCUCGUGUGGAGAAACCAGUGGAGGGAGAUGAGUGGAAUUGACAGAGUGCAGCAGGGAGACUGCAAACCCUGGGGUUUCAACUGGCUUUGUCUCCCCCAGACAUCAGUACAUUGAUCCAGCCACGCCUUGCCUGGUCCACAGGCUGGCUGGAGCUGCUGGAGCGACUCGAGGCGUUAGCACGCAGUGAACCUGCCUGAUUAACUGACUAGUGGGCUGAUUGGAGGGAGGGUGGGAGAGGCAAGAGAAGAAGGAAUCAGCCCCAGGGGGAGAGUAUUGAGAGCCCAAUCAGCGAAAGUAGGCUAUAGCUUUUAAAAAGGAUACUUUGACCGUAUACAGAUACAUGUUUGAGUGCAGACACAUGAGCCAUACUGACUGAAUCUGGGAACUGCUUCUGUUUCAUUCUUACUCUGAAAAUGUGCAAAACUCUUCUGAAAUCGCAAACAACUGAUGAUGUGUUUGCCUGUAUGUGUGUCUGCUUGUGUAAUGUAUAUGUAUAUAUAUGUUUUGUGUGUGUGUGUGUGUGCGUGUGUGUGUGUGUGUGUGUGUGUGUGUGUGUGUGUGUGUGUGUGUGCAUAUUUUUAUGCUUGGAAGACCUCUGGUGGCUUGCCUCUCUGGCUGCCCCACUUGAUUACUGAUCACAUUAACCAACAAAUCACAAGCUGCUCUCUUACACAAUGUUCAAUCAGUUCAGCUCUAUCUAAAGGAGUUUAAAGAAAGAGAUUAUUGAAAGGAAAUAAAUUGUGUACCUAACUGUAACUGGAGGCACUGGACUCUUGUGCUCAGAGGAACAUGAAGCAAACAGCCAUGGAGUUCUUUGUUUGGAUUGUAGUGUACUCUUGAUUUUUACCGUCUGACAGUGACUAAGCACUUGAAAAUUCCCCUAAAAUAAACAUGUUUCUUAAA